AUGAACAAAGGAGUGUUACCAUUCAUAACGCUAGUGCUAUGCUUGAUUCAUGGCACUUGUUCGAUUCCAGUUCCCGCACCCGUGCCAGCACCCAGUAUUGGUCUGGGUCAUGACUUGGGAUAUGGAGGAUUAAGCCUAGGAUUGGGAUUGGGCUUGGGCCAUCUCGGAGGCCACUAUGGCGGUUUGGGUUUAGGAUUGGGCUAUCAUCAUGCUCCUAUCAUUUCUAAAACCAUCAUUGGAAAGAGUUAUCUUGGUGGUUACGGACUAGGCCACGGAUAUCUGGGAGGACUGGGACUCGGAGGCCAUGGACUCUAUGGUCAUGGAUUGGGCCUGGGAUUAGGAUUGGGCCAUGGGUAUGGCUAUGGCUGGUGAUGACACGGUUUUUGGUGCAGAGGCUUGUGA